AUUGUGUAUAGAGUCGACACAGAUAGGAAAUCUUCCCAACGGGAAAGUUUGAUUUCUCGAGGGAAAAGCCUAAGUCUUCAAAAUGUUUUUGCGAAGAAUUUCAGGUAUGUGUCUUUGGAGAUGUUAAUGCUUUUAUUUCCACGUAUUCCAGAAUUUUCACGCUUUUUAUACUUUUCAGCCUUCGUCCUUGGGAUCUUCUCUUUAAUUGGUAAGUAGUCUCAGAACCCUAACUAACUAGUCGACAUUCUCUAAUCCAUUCAACAACUUAAAAAACUGUACUGGAUUUAAGGAGGAGUUGACGAAUCCUAAAAACGGUGCUCUUUACCAAAAUUAAAUCAGACAGCCCAUUUUAGCGACCAGCUUGGAGAAGAAGGUUUUAACAAGUGGUACCUGAUUUGUAUACCUAGUUGAAAAAUACAAACAUGAAGUUACGAAAUAAAGGCGAAUUUUUUUGGCAGACAAACACCUCAAAAAGGUAGAAUCCUGAGAAAGUGCUGAUGUUUGAGUUAUGUAUGUGUUGAUCUUCUGAUGCAUUGAAGCGAACAGGACCGUGUAAUUUCAGAAGAGAACACUAGAUCAGAUCCACUUAUUGAGUCAAAAGUGUUAUCACCAUAACAGGUGCCACAUACGUUUCCUUUUUGAAAUCACCAGGUUUGUCGUAUUCCUACAUAGAAGUUGUGGACACAAACCCAGGUAACCUAUUUAGUUUCAGUGUGCCUCACUUCUUUACAAAAAACAUUCAAAUCUCGUUUGUCAGUUUGUGUAAAGAUUAUAUAGUUUUCUUUUUUGACCUCACUUAGAUUUAACUUCCAGAUAAGUCGUGCUUUUGAUAAAAACGGAAUAUUUUGCCUUUGCCAUUUUCCCCUACAUCUUAUUAAAACUGUACAUGCCUGUGAGUCUUUUACGCUGACAGAGCUUUACAACUGCGGUUAAAACUUCCGAUAUUGUUAUUUGUCUCUGUUUCAAACCGAGGCAAGUUUCGCUGUUCUGCACUUGCGCACUGACUAAACCAUGAAGUUUCGUCGUAUCUGUCUGUUAAAUAAAGCGUACCUUUAAGUCAGUUCAACAUAUAAACAGGAAGAAUCUCUGAUCACACACGGUAUGAACGGUUAAGGUAUUCCAUUAUACGUCAAAAGUUUAAUAUGUCAUCUUUGCAGAUAUGAUUGGCUGUUACAAGGACGAUAAGGCGCUGGAUGACAACUUCCGCCUGGUGCAGCCUCGAGCACUUGGAUAUGAAAUUCAGCAUUUUUCCUCAAAACAAGACUGUGUUGACCAAUGCGCUGACAGAGGUUUUCCUUACGCUGGCCUGCAAAACGGUGAUCUUUGUUUCUGCGGGAAUACUUUUGACAAGUAUGGCCGAGCUGAUGAUAAGGAAUGUAACAUUAAGUGCAGAAAACCCGACGAUCCUGUUGAGUACGUUGAAAAUUCGUUUGAGUCCUGUGGUGGACGAUGGAGAAAUUCUGUCUACGCUGGUCAGUCAAACAUUGCUGUAAAAUCGUAGUAUGUACUUAUUGACUGUCCUCUUGUGUGCACGACGACAGGUCUACCGGAACACUAACUAACCCUGCUUUCAUCUUUACAGUGGGUUUAUGGAUAAAAUUAUCCCGAAGUUAGGAGAUAGCCUUGAUCUUUGUUACACUCAAGACCAAGGGUACAUUAUUUGCCCCAUACGGAACGACCUUUUUUUUCUGCUGCGAUUUCUGUAUGGUGCGCAAAAAAAAUCUGGACUGUGUUUCAUAUUAUUAAAGGCUAGACUGCUCGUAAGUACGCAAUUAGCCAAACGUAUUAGACCCCGAGACUAAAAAUUAUUUCUAUGUGUGUUUUUCUAGUAACUGGGGUUAAAUCUGCUGAACGCAAAGCUGCUCUCAAAUGGUGGGAACAAUGAACAGGUUUGUGUUUGGAAACUCAUCUCAUCUUUAAAAUCACUUUCCCUUAGGAAACAUUCUGGUUCAAAGUGUAACAAGCCUUGUUUUACUCUUGCUAGAAUUUGACUCCUCAAAGAUAUCUUUUAGAGACGAUCCGAGGAAGACCAAGCUCCGCGGAGAGAUUAAAGCCAGACAAUGGACGAAGUCGAUCAAGACUUAAAGUAAUAUUUUUUCAGUAAUAAACCCUCUGAAGUGAUACGUCUAUGGGCGCGUGUAGGGUACUUGCCACACCAUUGAGCUAGGCACUGUGACAUUUACUUUCAGAUGGCUUAUUAGAACCUUCCAGUAUUUUAUACUCGGUGUAAAGCUUUUUAUCUUUGUAGAUAUAGGUGUUGAUUUUUUAGUUACAAGAUCGCGACACUUAAGCGCUGUUUGCGCAUUAUCUCCAUAAUACGGAUCACUUUUUAGGAAGAUCAGUGAUCACAUAUCUACUUAUCAGGGCGUGGAGAUAUUAAUAGUGUUACAUUAAAGCAUAAUUAAUUAAAACAAGAUAAUGGUGCAAAAAAAUCGAGAAAAAGAAAUAAGAGCAGGAAUUCCUCGAGCACGCAAGACAUCUCAGCCUUAUCGAGAAGGUCUGAGGUUUGAUUUUUCGCAGGGAACACAGAUAUUUCUCUUUUGUUCUGCGCUUGUGACGAGAGUAAUCGUAUCCUUAUUUGCUUCAAUCUGUUUGUAAAUACAUUGCGACCAUACACCAUACAAUGCCAAAUAAAAAAACAAUGGAAUAAUACAUAGAUGCGUUUACUAGUAAAAAACUUUAUUUGGAUAUAAGAAUCUACUUUUAGCUCAAGAGCACUUGAUUUGUGAUAAAAGACAGCACUGAUAAUGAU